AUGAACGGCAGAGUAACAUGGCACAGCCAAGCGGCUCCAUUCAGUACACUAGCACUGUACAAUGCACCACUGCCAACUAGAAAAGGGGUGAAAGUCGACCCGUUUGACUAUGUCAUUCCAUCCGACCUAUUCCCGGCGCUGUCUGUCGUGGCAGCACAGUUCUAUCGUCCGAUUCCACUGGCCCAAUCAGUGCUGAGUGCCUACACUACUCCUCCAUUCUCCAGCGAGACCAUUCUGAAAGGUGCCAUCGCCCAAUUCCACCAAUCUAUGGUAACCUUGGAAAAUACGCUAAACUCAGCCAAGCCGAAGGGAAACUAUCUGGACAUGUAUGUCAAGCCAUCUUUCAUGCCGUGGUUCUCGUACAUCUAA